AUGACUACCUACACGCUUUUAGACCGUGCCGAUGCGCCACAGGCAUCGAGUGAUGAUGAUGAACCAGAACCAUGCUACCUUCUAAGCAAAUAUCUCACUUUCCCAAGCUUUGACCAGCAUCAAUGGUGGCAUAAUACGGCACCAAUGCUAGGGAAGCUUCUCUCACAAUGCAAAUACAGUGUGCAUGAGCAGUAUCAAUACUUGUGUCUCUACGGCCUACACAUCGUACCGUUUCUGGGGCCAUGGCCGGAUAUCGAGCGUCGUAAGCUCUACAAGAGUGUUUUCAGCGGUUUAGGUCCGCUGGAGUUCAGUCAGAACUUUACAAAGAUUGGCAGGACGGUUCGAAUCGGCUUUGAACCGACAUCAUUCAAUGCCAGUACUGGUCACGAUAUAUGUAACCGACAUGCUCUUGGCGAGGCCUUGAACCGCUUCAAGCAUCUGGGUCUUAAACUAGACUUGCAGUUAUAUCACCAGCUAAUAAGCCAGGUCUCAUUGACGGAUGAAGAAGAAUAUACACUUCACGCCCGAGGAAUACUGGAUGAUGAGCCGGCCAAAUCACAGAGCCUUCUGGCACUAGACUUCAACAACAGUGACGUGACGAUCAAGCUAUAUUUCUAUCCGCAACUGAAAUCCUUAACCACCGGCAUCUCUCGUGCGCGGUUAAUGUUCAGUGCAGUGCGCAACGUGGAUAAAUGUGGUGCUUUGAGGCAGUCCAUGGACAUGAUCGAGGAAUACUUCGCCUCAGUCCCGGGUACCACGACCCCGUACUGGGUAUCGUGCGACCUCACCGAACCUCGCAAAACUCGAUUCAAAUUCUAUUUUGCGCAAUUCCAAGUGAGUAUUGAGAAUGCCGUAAGUCUUUGGACACUUGACGGUCGGAUCACAGAUCCCGAGACGAUGGCAGGGCUUGCUAUGCUCCGCGAACUAUGGCAUUCCUUCGAUAUCAGGGAUGGCCUCCGUGAACAGAAGAACCGACCUGGAAACCCAGGCGAUCCAGGCAACGUUGUUCCCAUGCUGUUCAACUUGGAGACCUUCCCUGACAAGGCCUAUCCGCAGCCCAAGAUAUAUUUUCCGACGACUGGAAUGAACGAUCUGGCUGUCGCAAAGGCCAUGGUCGAAUUCUUUAGAGGACAUGGGCUUCAUGAACAUGCAGAAUCAUACAUUGACGAUUUGGCCUCAUAUGUGUAA